GGGCUGAUAGCUCCUGGCCGUGGGAACCACAUGCCACAGUGCUGCCUGGCCACCAAGCCUGCCCAGUCCAGGGAGAAGGGGUCCCCAGGGAUUCCUGCUGCAGGAAUCUGCCCCCUUGGGCACCCUGGGCUACUCCAACCUCACCAUCUCAGUUUUCCCUGGCAGCAUGGGGAUGGGGCAAAGGGCAAUUGCAGGGGGGUCUCUCAAAAAAUGUGAGGGCAGGAUGGACAUGAACCGGAGUGACAUGAGGGACAUGAAUGCUCCCACUCAGGGGCUGGGAGCGUGGGAUGUAGCUCAGGCCUGGCCACCCACCUGCUCACCAUGCCAUGAGCCCAGACCCUCUUCAGGAACAGGUCCUGCUGUCCCCUCUGCCAGCAGCCUGGCCAAGCCACAAACCCUUCUUGGGGACAUGGAUUGUGGCUCAACCAGCUAAGACACCAGCCCAACCAUCCUCCUUGAGGCAGGAUCCAUCCCAGAGCUGCCAGACCCUGGGGCCAGAAGGCAACAGGCAGGAGUGGGGCACUUGGGGGCACCCUCAUUUCCCACCCCAGGCACAGCACUGAGCAUGGGGCAUUGCUGUGUCCCCAAAGUGCUCUGGGCUGGGCUGGCACAAAGCUGCAUUUAUCUGGGACUGAGUGAUUAGAGAGGGAAGCAGACAAUGCUGUAACCUAACACGGGUACAAGUUAUCUCUCUGCUUGUGUAAGCUGUUGCAUAAAGCUGGGGGGGCAGGGGAUGCUGCCAGCAGCGGGGCUAUAAAGGGGGUGCAGGAAGAGGCAGGUCUGCAGCCUCUCCUGCCCCACAGCGAGGAUGGCUGCGGUGCUGCCCAGCCUGGCCCUGCCCCUGCUCUGCCUGCUGCAGGCAGCUGCCGAGGUACCCGUGCAGCCAGACUUCAGCACCGAGAAGUUUGUAGGGACAUGGUAUGUUGUAGCUGCUGUUUCCAACUGCCCUGUGUUCCUGAAGAUGAGGGACGGGAUGAAGUCAUCCAUCACCACAAUCAGCUUCACUCCAGAGGGGAACCUGGCCAUGAGGCUUGUCUGGCCGAUGCUGGACACAUGCCAAAGGAUUGAGCUGCUCUACCAGCAAAGCGGGCAGGCAGGGCACUAUGUGGCAGCACAGGAGAAGAGGGACCUGCGAGUGAUGGAGACGGACUACAGCCACUAUGCCAUCAUGCACCAGGUCCAGCAGGACAAGCAGGGGCCCAGCACAGCACUGCAGCUCCUCACAAGGGAGCAGGACGUGAGCCCCCAACUCCUGCAGAAGUUCAGAGGGUUCAUACCCAGUGUGGGCCUGACCGAGGACAUGCUGACCAUCCUGCCCAAGUCGGAUGAGUGCAUCGAGAACAUCAGCUGAAGGGACUGUGUGUCCCCCAGAGCUGCUAGAAACCAGGCUCUGCUCCCACUACCUGGUGCCCCUUCCCAUCCUCCCAGCCAGGCUCUGCUGGACCCUCUGCCAGGAUCACCCCUCACCCUCUGAAAUAAAUAGAUGCAGAAGCU